AUGGAAUCUCGAUAUUUUGUGGCGCUUUUUCUAGGAUUUAUGCUUCUUAAUUUCCCUCGUUUUUCCUAUUCUUCCAUUCGAUUGCUUCCUGACAAGAAAAUAUUACAUAAGAAAGGUGUGUUUGAUCCAACUCGGGUCACGCAACUCUCUUGGCAUCCCAGGGCUUUCGUCUACAAGGGAUUUUUAUCAAACGAGGAGUGUGAUCAUCUUAUUAAUCUGGCUAGAGAUAAGCUUGAGAAAUCAAUGGUGGCUGAUAAUGAAUCUGGGAAGAGUAUAGAGAGCGAAGUGAGAACCAGCUCUGGCAUGUUUAUUGGUAAAGCUCAGGUUUUGCUUGAGGAUGAAAUUGUUGCUGAUAUUGAGGCCAGAAUUGCUGCCUGGACUUUUCUUCCUGAAGAAAAUGGGGAGUCCAUUCAAAUACUACACUAUGAGCAUGGCCAGAAGUAUGAACCACACUAUGAUUAUUUUCAUGACAAGGCUAAUCAAGAGCUGGGUGGUCACCGGGUUGCCACUGUGUUGAUGUAUUUGUCGAAUGUUGGAAGGGGUGGAGAAACAGUGUUUCCGAACUCAGAGGGAAAAACAUCUCAACCAAAGGAUGAUAGCUGGACUGAUUGUGCUAAAAAUGGCUAUGCAGUGAAACCCCAGAAGGGUGAUGCGUUGAUGUUCUUCAGUCUUCAUCCUGAUGCAACUACUGACCCAAACAGCUUGCAUGGGAGUUGUCCAGUUAUUGAGGGUGAGAAAUGGUCUGCAACCAAGUGGAUCCAUGUCAGAUCCUUUGAGAAAUCACUGAAGCAAUCAGCAAGUGGGGAUUGUGUUGAUGAGAAUGAGAACUGCCCUCUGUGGGCAAAGGCGGGUGAGUGUGAAAAGAAUCCUGUUUAUAUGGUGGGUUCUGAGGCAUCUUAUGGUUAUUGUAGGAAGAGCUGUAAGGUGUGCUCAGCCUAG